AUGACGGGGGUAACGGGAACAGGGACACAAGCACCACACGAUCUUAUAGACAGACAAACACUGUGCUUGCCCGACUUCACAGACGAUUCCAUACUGCAUAGCGGUGAUGAAGGCUUUACAAAUACAUUGGGUCGAUGCUUUCCGGCUGCCGCUGAAAGCAAUGCUUCGGAACGCCUGGUUAAAUUGAAAUCUCGGCUUCGCAAGGCCGACACCUACGACUUCUGGAGAGUAUUGAUGGAGGAAAUGUGCGAUAUAACAGGAGCUCAAUGCGGAUUGGUUGCUAAACGAAUGUCGGUGGAUGAACAGGAUACCGCGGGUGAACUUCCAGAAUUUGGAGAAGAAAGCUCAUGUUUAAUGGGUGUUGCUUUCUAUUCCAAAAGUGGGGAUCAGGAACCUAAACUUGAAAGAGAUUAUAAGUAUACGGCCUUUGGUACACCUUGCGCUUAUAUGAAAUAUGACAAAGUGGUCAUUGUACCCGAGAGAAUGAAGGAGGUAACACGCAACAGUCCAAACAUCAUGCCAUGCAGUCAAUCAGAGGCCUUUAUCGGCGUGCCAUUAUCUGUGGAAGACAAAUAUUUUGCUCACUUUGCAUUAUUAUGGUCCGAAGAGGGUGCUCAAAGAAGAACGCUCAGUUGGAGCUUCAUAGAAAUGUUCAUGCAUUCUCUUGAAGACAUGAUUCUCCAGCGCAUAAUGGAGGGGCAUGGUUUCGCUAAAGAGGCUAAUUUCCCAGAGUCCCUUCCAGCACAGAUCAUACCUCUUUCUCCUAUCACCGCUUCCCAGUCACUUAAACCAUACGCCCGAAGCCUAUCCCACGAGCUAAGGACACCUAUGCAAGGAGUGGUAGGGAUGUUAGAUAUCAUGUACUCAACUGUCCUCGAUGCUGUCGCAAACCAACAAGAUGAGCGGGCUCGAUCUGUUUUUGCAGAUCUCAAAGGCAAUAUUGAGAUUGUGCAAGAAAGCUCUAGAAGGGCGAUAGAAGCAGCCGAUAAUGUCGUCCACGCAUACGAUCUCAACAUGCAAAUGCCCGAUGUUCCUUUAACUCCUGAAGACGACGGGAAUAAAUCUUUUGUACUCACGCCAAAUUACUACCAGCCUAACGGUGGCCAUUUACAGGACGCAUUUUCAUCUCCAACGUUGAACAAGCGGAAUCGUUCUGAAGACCUUGAGCUCAAUUUAGGAUCUCCUCCGAAACGUACAUUCACCUUAUCCGAGCGAGAAAUGUCGCGUCAUUUGACCGAUAUCGAUUCCACAUUAGUUUUCUACGGCAAGUUCAAGCCGUGA